AUGUCACCUUCCACUCAACCAGUGCGGAAUAUCACGGUCAAGGUUCCGCGACACAACUCUCAGCGGAUUGGCCCAGUAGUAACGGCUCAAGUUGAGACGUUUGCUCGUGAAGGGAAAGUGCGCGUCGACGUCCGACAAACCGCGUAUGAGCCCAGCAGUGCACUAGCGCAGGCCAUUGAAAGCGCGUCCGAAUGGAACUCGCUACUCCUCACGGCCCGAGCUGAGAGAGGGCCGCAGUGGGAUAUAGGCACUCAGCAGUUCCUCGUUGAAGAGUACUCAGAGCUCUACUACGACCCCAGCCCUUUGCUCGAAUACCAAAAAGAGGGCAAGUCGCCCGCAGACGGUGACGGCGGCGCAUCGACAAGCCAGAGUGCAUCGAACGACCGGCAGAUGUCCGACCUGCCUGGCACGCCGAAAUCGCAGCCGUCUCGUACACACAAUUCUUCCAUCGCGCCACACCAUGUACCCCAGCAGUUCUUCGCGAACCAAGGCACACCCAACAUGGGCUCGCCUCGACACCCGUUCCCCCCGUCCGCGCAGGGCAUGGGCCCGCCUGGCAUGGGGCUCGGCAACAUGGGCGGCAUGGGCAUGGGCGCCGUUCCGCCUGGCCAGUUCUACGGCAACAACGCCGACUCCCCUAUGCGCAUGAACAAUGCCGGGAUGGCCCAGACUAUGGGUGGUAUGAACAUGAACAUGUCGGGCAUGGGAAUGGGCAUGGGCAUGCACGGCGGACCAGACAUGGGGAUGGGGAUGGGGAUGAACUCGCCGGAUCCAAGGCGGCGAAUGACGCGGGCGAUGAGCGGUGAGGACGGCUUUGGCCCUAUGCACGGGUAG